AUGACUUCACGUGGGAAGAAGCACGAUGUCAAUGUGGCAGAUACAAGCGAGCUUGUUCAAGUUCAUAUUCGCGCGAGAACAUACGUCGUAAUCGCCUCCGUCAGUCUUGCCUACUUGGUUCAGUUAGUUGCCAUUGUUGGUUCUGGGCUUCUUGCCCAUGAUCUUGAAUUGUACUUCGGGAGCGAAAACGAGGGGGUUUGGUUCAACCAAGCUAUUGGCAUCAUGGUCGCAGCUUUGAACCCUCCUCUCAGCCAAGCUGCCGAUUUCUGGGGCCGCAAAUGGAUUGUCGUCGGGUGCAUGAUCUUCGGUGUGAUUGGAUCAAUCAUCAUUGCCCGUGCACGGAACAUGGCGACUGCUAUCGCUGGCUUUGUCGUCAUUGGCAUCUGCUUUGGUUGUCAGUCACUCCUGCACGCCAUCGUGUCUGAAGUGGCCCCUCGGAAGCACCGCCCUGUGGCCCAAGGCACUCUCAAUGCCGCGGCGGGUCUCGGCGCCUUCAUCGGUAUUGUCAUGGGUGGAGCCCUCUUGCGGAAUCACGUGGCUAGUAACUACCGGGUUUACUUCUAUGUCCUCGCAGGUGUAGCUUUCAUCUCGGCGAUGGGAAUCACCACAUGCUACAACCCGCCUCCACGGGAAGCGCAAGUCACUCUUACCAAGGCCGAAAAACUCAAACGUUUGGAUUUUGUCGGCUACCUCCUCCUCGCGCCGGGGCUGACCCUGUUUUGCAUUGCGCUUUCAUGGUCACACAACCCCUAUCCGUGGUCAGACUCUCGCAUACUCUCGACAUUUGUUCUAGGCAUGGCCCUCAUCAUUGGCUUCACUAUUUAUGAAUGGCGGUUCAAUAAGGUUGGUUUGCUCGAUCAUCGCCUAUUCAAGAAUAAGAACUUUGGAUUGUCCCUCAUCACUAUAUUCGCCGAAGGCCUUCCCUUUUUCGCCGUCAAUACCUACUUUUCCUUCCAGAUCAGCAUCUUCACUCGAAAAGACUUUUUCAUAUCCGGAAUGCAUUAUGCUGUUAGCUUUCUGGCCUCUCUGGUUAUUGCGAUUGCGGUUGGGUUCUAUUCCUCCUGGGCACAGUCUCUGAGAGUACCCACAAUCAUUGGCUUCCUUUUUAUGCUCAUCUUCAAUAUCGUUAUGGCGGCAACCUAUACAUCAGAUAUCGGCGCCGCAUAUUGGGGGCUUUCAGUGCUUCUCGGAGCUGGACAGGGUAUUAUUCUACCUCUGAUCAUGGUCUUUGCUCAACUAAGCACACCACCUGAUCUGAUAUCGACUUCUUCCGCUCUCGUCAUUACAUGCAGGGCCAUAGGAGGCACUGUUGGCCUGGCGGUCUGCAACGCCAUCUUCACAAGCGCUAUGGGCACAGAGGUUCCCCACAAGAUUGCUGCCGCAGUUCUACCUCUGGGACUUCCGUCUUCUUCGCUUGGGCUUCUAAUCGAAGCACUCAUAACACAGGACUAUGCUGCACUAGCCAAGAUUCCUGGAGUCACCACGACUAUAACUGAUGCCGCAUCAGAUGCAUUAGUGAGUGCUUACGGGGUUGCUUUUCGUAACUGCUGGAUCGCCUCCGCCUGCUUCUGCGUACCUGCACUGAUCGCGUCGACUAUGUAUCGUGACCCGAAGGCUGAAUUCACCUCCCACAUCGAUGCACCUGCAGAAGAGAUCGUUGUUGAGACUCAGGUGAAACUUGAGGGCACUUUUGUUCCAGAUCAGAAGUCCAGAGGUGAAGCGCGGGAGAUUGAGAGCGUAUAG